AUGGUCAUGUUCAUGCAGGCCGGGUUUGCCCUUGUGGAGUCGGGUUGCUGCCGCGCCAAGAACGUUCAGAACAUCCUCCUCAAGAAUCUGACGGACGUUUGCAUCGGCACAAUCGGUUGGUGGAUUUCUGGCUGGGCCAUCGCUUAUGGUGGCCCUAUGAGCGACGAUGGCUUUCUGGAAAAUGGGUUCAUGGGCACUGAGCAAUGGUUUGGCGUUGGCUUCGUUAACUAUGCAGAGGACGGAAAGUUCGAACCCACUACCGGAAUGCUCAACUGGUUCUUCCAAUGGGCCUUCUGCUCAGCGGCAGCCACGAUUGUGAGCGGUGGAGUGGCCGAGCGCGUGAACUUUGGCGGCUACUGCCUCUUCUCGUUUACCAUGACGGCCUUCGUGUACCCGGUCAUCGUGGCGUGGACAUGGGGCUAUGGAUGGCUGGCAUCCAUCAAUCGAACAGGCUUCAUGGACUUUGCUGGCAGCGGCGUGGUGCACAUGACGGGCGGCAUCGGAGCCCUGAUGGGCGCCAUCAUCGCCGGGCCGCGCGCGGGACGCUUCCAGCAUCCUGAGGAGUUCGGCCCCCACAGUCUUCCCUUGAUCACCAUGGGCACGUUCAUCCUCUGGUUCGGCUGGUACGGCUUCAACUGCGGCUCCACCCUGGGUCUCAGCGAGAUCAAGGCAGGAUUCAUGGCUGCGCAGGUAGCCAUGAACACCACGAUCGCAGCCGCGACGGGAGGCCUGGUUGUCUUCGUGCUGCGUUUGGCCAUGACCAAGAAGUACGACAUCGGUGGCUUCUGCAACGGCAUCCUCGCGGGCCUUGUUUCCAUCACAGCGCCUUGUGGCAACGUGGAGUGCGGCAGCGCCUUUGCCAUCGCCAUCAUCGGAGGCCUGGUCUAUCAAGGAUCCUCGUCCUUGCUGAAGAAGUUGAGGGUGGAUGACCCCAUCGAUGCCUUUGCGGUGCAUGGCGCUUGCGGUGCGUGGGGUGUUCUGGCCGCUGCACUCUUCGACUGGGGGAAUGGCUUCGACUACCAUCACGGAUGGAGUGGCUUCGGGUGCGUGAUGGAGGACGGUGCCUGCGCCAAGGGAGCCGGAGGGGACGCCCUUGCGGCGAACCUACUCGAAGUGGUCAUGAUCGCGCUUUGGUCGGGUUUCUGGACCACCCUGAUCUUCUUGCCGCUCCGAUUCGGCGGCUUCCUUCGUGUGUCUGACGAAGACCAGGACGCAGGCCUUGAUGCGGUCAAGCAUUCACCGACCAAAGCCUACUGCCUCGACAUCAACUCCACGCAGGUCACCGGAAUUGCCGUUCAGAAGGUGCGCCCCGUUGGGAGCUGA